GGGUUCCCAUCCCUCUUUCCCUCUGUUCUUCUCUCCCCUCGUCUCAGUCUAUCGUUUCUCUCUCUCCACACCAGUCCUCACUUUUUCCCGUCAGCACCGUGUAAGUGUCUGACUUUGUGUGUGUGUGUGUGUGUUGUGUGUGCAUGUGUGUGUGUGUGUGUGUGUGUCCACUGAUGCACGCCUCUCUUAAACUCCUGGGUUAAGCCAUGGUCCUAGACUCUCUUUGCUUUUCUGUGUUUGGACGUUACUGACUGAAGAGUGUACAUAUGAGACCAAAGCAGUAGAGGAUGUACUACGUGAAAAAGAAGUCCCAGUACAACUUGCUGAGCAGCAGCAUGGAGAGCCUGGGGAGCCGAGCGACGUCCGCCAGCCCCUACAGCUCCGAGAACGCCUCCUCGUCGGCCGUGCCCACCCCCUCGCCCUAUUCCCAGCCCAACUCCACCUUCGAGGGCCUGUCGCCUGCCCCGGCCAUCCCCUCCAAUACCGACUACCCCGGACCGCAUGCCUUCCAGGUGUCCUUUCAGCAGUCCAGCACUGCCAAGUCUGCCACAUGGACCUAUUCCCCCUUGCUCAAGAAGCUUUACUGUCAAAUUGCCAAGACAUGUCCGAUCCAGAUCAAGCUGUCCUCAACCCCUCCGCAUGGCAGCAUCAUCAGGGCGAUGCCCGUCUACAAGAAGGCGGAGCACGUUACGGAAGUGGUCAAACGCUGCCCAAAUCACGAACUGGGACGAGACUUCAACGAUGGUCAAGCAGCCCCAGCCAGUCAUUUAAUCCGAGUGGAGGGAAAUAACCUUUGUCAGUAUGUGGACGAUCCAGUCACAGGUCGACAGAGUGUGUUUGUACCCUAUGAGGCUCCACAGGUGGGGACUGAGUUUACCACCAUCCUCUAUAACUUCAUGUGCAACAGCAGCUGCGUAGGCGGCAUGAACAGACGACCGAUCCUCAUCAUCAUCACUUUGGAAACGAGGGAUGGUCAAGUGUUGGGCAGAAGAUCAUUUGAAGGUAGAAUAUGUGCAUGUCCAGGCCGUGAUCGGAAAGCAGACGAGGACCACUUCAGGGAACAACAGGCUCUCAAUGAAAGCGUUGCCAAAAACGGCAGCGCCAACAAGCGUAACUUCAAGCAGAGCCCGCCAAAUAUUCCCAGUCCAAAUAUAAACAUGAGGAAGCGGCGCCAUGGAGACGAGGAGAUUUACUAUAUUCCUGUUCGGGGUCGGGAGAACUUUGAGCUGCUGCUGAAGAUUAAAGACAGCCUGGAGCUGAUGGAGCUGGUGCCACAGCAGCUGGUGGACUCGUACCGACAGCAAACGCAACAACAGCUGCUGCAGAGACCGAGCAGCAUCGCCUCCCCCUCCCCUUAUUCUCCGCUGUCCAACAUGAACAAGCUUCACGGUCACGGCAGCCUCGGCAAACCGCCCUCAGUCAACCAGCUGGUGGGGCAGCAGCCCCUGCAGACCCCCGCUGCCCCCACCACCAUAGCACAUAUGGGUCACAACAUGCUCAACAGCCACCACAUGCAAACCAAUGGUGACAUGAACGGUGGCCACAGCAGUCAGACUAUAGUGUCUGCUUCCCACUGCAGCCCGCCCCCUCCGUAUAACCCUGACCCCAGCCUCGUCAGUUUUCUAACCAGUCUUGGAUGUCAGAACUUCAUUGAGUACUUCACCUCCCAAGGCUUCCAGACUAUCUACCAUCUCCAGACCCUCUCUAUGGAGGAUUUAGGUGCCCUGAAGAUACCUGAACAGUCCCGCCUUGCCAUCUGGCGAGGUCUGCAGGACAUGAAACAAGGCACCCCCCUCCCGAUGCCUCCCUCUGCUCAUCACCACGACUACCACGGCCAGCAGCUCCUUCGCUCCAGCAGCAAUAUGGCCGCCACCGCUAUGGCAGCCAUUGGCGCCAGCAGUGGGGAGCUGCAACGCCAGCGGGUCAUGGAGGCGGUGCACUUCCGCGUCCGCCACACCAUCACCAUACCCAACAGGCCCGGUGUCGUCGGAGCGUCCGGGAUGGCGACAGCUGCCGACGAGUGGGCUGACUUUGGGUUUGACAUGCCCGACUGCAAGGUGUCACGUAGCAAGCACUCCAUCAAAGAGGAGUUCAUGGACAGUGACGUUCACUGAGCCUGAAAAGAUGGUUUUUGCCAAAAGCAGUCGAUUCACAGAGGGAAAAAAAAGUCAUGUGGACACGGUGUUUAACGUGGCGUUGGUGUCAUAUCUCAGUCAAAGCUCAAAUUCCACUUGUAAUUUAAUGCAUUGACAGAGUGUUAAUCCAUUUUCUUCUCCAGACUUUAUGUUGUGCUUGAAAACUUGAUCCACUUUGAACAGAAACGAACGAACAAACAUCUCAAGUCGACAAAUCAAAUCCUUCUGUGCGAAUAACACACAUGGUCAGGAUUAUACUUCUUACCUUGACACUGAUACAUGUUUAUUAUUGUUGUUCAUUAUUUUUUCAGUUAUUUUUUUAUUUUGGAGAAUGGGAUGUUAUUUGUUUUCACUGUGCAAUAAUAAAUGACAAACUUUACUUUUAGAGCCCCAUCCACUUACAUACAUACACUAUAUUUGUGUUUAACAUUCAGCAUUUGCUUCAUUGCACAUUUCUCAUUCGAGGAAUUCGACCAUUUCACCACUGCUAGUCGCCACUUUGCAUUUAUACACGAUUAUUAUGUUCUCAACUGACUUAUUUAUUUUUUCUUCACCUGUACAAAUGUAUAUACUGUGUUUUGUAAAUGUUUCUGACUAGAUACAUGGUUAAAUAGGGGUAUUUAGAAUAAGAACACUGUAUCUCAUGUAUGAACCAAAUGUAUAGAUUUAAAGGGUAAAUCAAACUCACACCGACACCAAGAUGAUUCAAAUGUUUUCAAUGGUAAUGAUAACAUGAUGACUUCAAAUUCAGUUUGCCCUUAUGAUUACAUUGUUAAAAAUGUUAUAUGGGUUUGGGGUAUCAAUAGACAUCGAAAGUGAAGUCUAUAUGUAAUGGACGAAAUGUAAUGCAUUUAUUAUAUUUGUCUCCAAAACUGUAGAGACUGUUUAUUCUUAGGCUAUGUUCAGACAGCAGGUCGGGUUUUUUUGGUGAAAUCGGAUUUUUUUGGGUCUUCAUUCAUAUUGCACAUUAAAUGCGAUUUCUAUCAGUUUUGAGUAUGAACUG